CGGGCGGCGGAAGUGAGCUGAGGGGCGGAGCCUGCGACCCCGGGCUGCGGCGGCGGCGGAAGCGCGUCGGCGUCGGGCCCAGCGCGCCUUUUUGGAGGUUCGUGGCGGCGCCGGGACGCAGACGGUUCAUCUCUGGAAUGGUCUGCCAUGGACCAGAAAAUUAUAUCUUUAGCAGCAGAAAAUUCCCAGAAUCUGCAGGCAUUUCUCCAAGGUCUGGAAGAAGAUGAGCUGCCCUAUAUUCUGAACCAGGCCUUGAAAGGGAAAGCGUUGGGAAGUCUCCUGCGGGCCAUCUUCAAAGGCUCCCCCUGCUCGGAGGAUGCGGGUGCUCUUCGGCGCCGGAAGAUAUACAGCAGCUGCCUGCAGCUGGUGGAGUGUGGGGAUGUGCAGAUAGAUGUGGCCUCCGAGGUGGUCGGGCUGCUGAUGCUGGAGGCACAUCAUUUCCCGGGGACAUACUUGGUGGAGCUGGUCCAGGAGUUCAUUGAUACUCUCAGAGGAGGCAGCCUGCAGAAUGGCACGUCUCUGGAGCUGCUGCCCGUGCUCCUCACUGCCCUGGCCACCAGGACUGAGAAGAUCACUAUGGACAAAGGCGAGCUGAGCGGGGCCGAAUGCAAGAAGCAGCUGAUCAGCAGCCUCUGUGCUGGCAGGUGGACUGGAUAUCACACGAUCCAGCUCAUCUCCAUGUUCAAGGACGUCCCUCUGACGGAGGAAGAGCUGGAAUUUGUGGUUGGGAAGGCCUUGAAGAUGUUCUCAGAAAUGAAACUCCAAGAAGUCCCGCCUCUGGUGUACCAGCUCCUGCUGCUCACCGUGAAGGGAAGCAAAAAGAGGGUUCUGGAAGGGAUCAUUACUUUUUUCGACGAGCUCGAUUGGCAGCACAAGGAGGACCCAAACAGUGACGAGGAUCACUUCUGGCUGUGCUCAGGGGACCAUGUGGGAUGCUGGGAAGCAGACCUGGGUCGGCCACAUGCAAGGCUCCUGGACGUCGUCACCCCUGUGCCAACGGGUGAGCUUCACCACGUGGAGGGCACCGUCAUCCUGCACAUCGUCUUUGCCAUCAAGCUUGACGCGGACCUCGGCAGAGAGCUCCUGAAGCUGCUGAAGGCGGGGCAGCGUGGGGACGGCAGCAACUCCCUGUGCGCCUUCAGCAUCGCCCUCCUGCUCUCGGUCUCUCGCAUCCAGAGGUUUGAGGAGCAGGUGUUUGCUCUCCUAAAGCGUUGUGUCACCAAGAGCUUUAAGGAUCGGAAUCUCCUCCAGGGUUCAAGAUUCCUCCAGAAUCUCAUCAUGCCUCGAACUUGUGCUUCAUCCAUGAUCCUGGAAGUGGUGAAGAGCAGCGCCCACUGCUGGGACCACGUCACCCAGGGCCUGCUCCAGCUGGGCUUCCUCCUCAUGGACACCUACGGACCAAAGAAGGGUUUUGAGGGAAAACCCGUGGAAAACAGCUCGAUUCUUGCCAGAAUGCCGAAUCAGCAUGCGUGUAAGCUGGGAGCCAACAUCCUCCUGGAGACUUUCAAGGUCCACCAGCUGGUCAGAGAGGAGAUCCUGGAGCAAGUCUUCAACAGGGUGGUCACAAGAGCGUCCACCCCCAUCAGCCAUUACUUAGACCUGCUCACCAACAUCGUCAUGUACGCGCCCUUGGUUCUACACAGCUGCUCUUCGAAAGUCAUCGAGGCGUUUGACUAUUUGUCCUUCCUGCCCCUCCACACGGUCCAUGGGCUGCUGAAGGCCAUGCAGCCCCUCCUCAAGGUCAGUGUGGCCAUGAGAGACUCGCUGAUCGUCGUGCUCAGGAAAGCCAUGUUUGCCCGGCAGCUGGAGGCCCGCAAGUCGGCCGUGGCCGGGUUUCUGCUGCUCCUGAAAAACUUCAAGGUGCUGGGCAGCUUGUCCUCGUCUCAGUGCAGCCAGUCCAUCGGGGUGAGCCAGGUCCGCGUGGAUGUCCACAGCCGCUACAACUCCGUGGCCAAUGAGACGUUCUGCCUGGAGAUCAUGGACAGCCUGCGCAGGUGCCUGGGCCAGCAGGCUGACGUCCGGCUCAUGCUCUAUGAGGGCUUCUAUGACGUCCUUCGCCGGAACUCGCAGCUGGCUGCUUCCAUCAUGCAGACUCUGCUCUCGCAGCUGAAGCAGUACUACGAGCCUGCCCCUGAUGUGCUGCCGCCCCUCAAGAUCGGAGCCUGUGUGGUGACCCAGGGCGGCCAGACCUGCCUGAAGGAGCCGCUGGACUCGCUCUUGUGCUGCAUCCAGCACUGCCUGGCCUGGUACAAGACCAAGGUGAUGCCGCUGCAGCAGGGCGGCGGGGCGGACACUGACGAGGACGAGGAGGGCUUCUACCAGGUCCUGGAUGACAUGCUGGAGUCCAUCACGAAGAGGAUGGUCAAGAGCGAGCUGGAGGACUUGGAGCUGGACAAAUCAGCCGAUACUUCACAGACCACUGACGCGAGCACCAAAAACAGUCUCUGUGGGUCUCUGGUGAUGGGCAUCUGUGAGGUCCUGAUAGAGUACAAUUUCUGCACCAGUAACUUCAGUAAGAGCAAGUUUGAAGACGUGGUGAGUCUGUUCGCGCUUUAUAAGAGCAUCUCCGACAUGCUCAGCGAGAAGGCGGGAAAGGGCAAGUCCAAGGGUGCCAGCAAGACCCAGGAGAGCCUCCUGUCCUUGAAGUUUGUGGCCCAGCUCCUCGAAACAAUGUACAGGGACACCACUCAGAGCCACCAGGAGAGCCUGUCGGUGCUGCGGUCCAAUAGGGACUUCAAGCGCUACGCGGUGGGCGUGGCUGUGCAGAAGAUGCUGCAGCUGAAGGACACGGGCUGCGUGAGCGGCCCCGACGGCCAGAGCUCCGAGAGGCUCUUCCAGAACCUCUGUUCCAUCACGCGGGUCCUGCUCUGGCGCUACACGACCAUCCCCGCGUUGGUGGAGGAGCGGGCCAGGAGGGAGGGCACGAAGGAGCGGGGGCGGGGCUCGAAGAGCGUGUCGCUGCUGUGCCUGCAGGGGCUGUUCGCCGUCCUGGGCCUCCUGGAGCACUUCUACCCGCCCAAGAUCCAGCAGUUCCUCUGCGCGCUCGAGGUGACGGGGGAGCGGGCCGACGUGGAGAUCAAUGUCACCCAGAGGGCCUCCUUCCAGAUCCGCCAGUUCCAGCGGGUCCUGCUAAACAUGCUGAGUCUCUCUGAGGAGAAGGUCAGCGGGCGUGAGGCCCUGCUGCUGGUCAACACCAUGUCCAGCCUCUGCAAGCUGCUCGAGCCCAGCUCCCAGCAGUUCUCGCAGGUGCUAACCUGGACGAUGAAUGUUUGCAAGGAGAAGAGUUGGGGGGACCCAGCUCUGUGCAAGGCCCUGCUGGGGCUGCUGCUAAUGCUGCACACGCUCUGCAAGAGCCCCGCGGCCCUGCUGCGCGACCUGGCGCAGGACAUCCACGGGCACCUGGGGGACAUCGACCAGGACGUGGAGGUAGAACAGACCAACCACUUUGCCUUGGUGUCCCCGAGGACAGCUGCCCCCGCCGUGUGUCUGCUGGUGCUGAGCCAGAUGGAGAAGGUGCUGGAGGAGGUGGACUGGCUGGUCACCAAGCUCAAAGGACAGAUUGGCAAGGAAGCCCAGUCGGAGGCCCCGUCUCAGGAGUCUCCCAGCCGGGCCGUGGAGAAGGCUGUGGUGGUGCAGCUGGGGACGCUCCUCACCGCCUUCCACGAGCUGGUGCAGACAGCUCUGCCGUCAGGCAGCUGUGUGGACGCCCUGCUGAGGGCCCUGUGCAAGAUGUACACCACGCUGACCGCCCUCGUCAAAUACUCCAUCCAGGUGUGCCAGGGCCCCGGAGGGAUCCCCAAGAACAUGGAGAAGCUGGUGAAGCUCUCCGGCUCGCACCUGACCCCCGUCUGCUAUUCCUUCAUUUCGUACGUGCAGAACAAACAGAGCCUCCCCACGAAAGGGGAGAAGGCCAAGGAGAAGGGCACGGUGCCCAAGGCCAUGGCCCGAUCGCUCCGGGAGACCAAGCCCAUCCCCAACCUCGUGUUUUCCAUUGAGCAGUACGAGAAGUUCCUCAUCCUGCUCUCCAAGAAGUCUAAGGUCAACCUCAUGCAGCACAUGAAGCUUAGCACUUCCCGCGACUUCAAGAUUAAAGGGAACAUCCUGGACACUGUGCUCCGUGAGGAUGAGGAGGACAGCCAGGAGCAGGCCGAGGAGGGCUGCACAUUGGAGGCAGAACCCGCCAAGAAACGGAGAAAAGAAACGUCGUCCUGAGUUUUACAGCCGCGGCCCCGUCCUGUCGCCCGCGCCGGCCUUGGCACCUGCUUUGGAACCCCCUGAGCUCCCUUCCUGCCCCUUCCUGCUGUUGAGCCCAGCUCUGAGCCUGAGGGUGUUGGGGGGCUGCACCCCCGGCGGGCACUGCUACUCCGCUGGCGGGGGGCGUCGCUCCAGGGAGCCGUUGGUGAGCUCGAGGAUCUGGUAGAUGUCCAGAGCCUCCCCUGCAAGGACCAGAGCAGCGCGUGGCCACCUCGCUGGUGCCCGGCACCCCUCCCCCAACUUUGCACUUUGACAAUAAAUGGUUCUCGUGUGGUUUGA